AUGUCUUCCCAAAGUAAUGCAGUCUUAAGAUAAGUGCAUUGAUCAUUCCUUUUUUAUAACUAAAACUAUCUUAUUGAGUACAUAAAUUCCAUUGUAAUCUCCCUCAUUUUAGUCAAUCACUAGUUGGGGCUACCAAUAAGUUGUAUGUGGCCUAUAAAUAAAACAAAGUGAACCAAAGGAAAUUCCUCUCAUCUAUGAUAGUAGUGACCUUAGUGAGGAUUAUGCAGCUUAAAAGAGUCCAAUGCCAUAGUUAUUUUUAUUAAUAAUGCUUGAAAGUGCAAUAAACUCUAUUUUUAUGAACUCACAUUGCUUUGAAUAUCUGAGUUUUCACAAUAUUAUGCAAAACAAAAAACAUCUUGCAACUGAGUCUAUAGAAAUGACAUAAAGAUUAUAGUAUCAAGAAAAAUGUCAUAGAUAAAUAAGGAUAAUCAUAGGUGAUAAGACAUUGUGGGCUUUUGAUCAUAUCCAUGUUUUGAUAAUGAACUUAAUACAUUAAAGAAUAGAUUGAUAAGCAUAAUGGUUUGGACUUAAGUAUUUGAUGAUCUAGAGCAAUAAGGAGACUAAAGAUCGAAAAUUUAUUAUUUGAUGAGCAUAUGCGAUCCUUAUUAACUUUAGAAAAAAGCCUACACAAAUCAUUAGAUAUUUUAGAGAAAGUUGAAAAUAGUCACCCUAAGAAUAGAAGACUAAAUUGAUAUAUAUGGUGAGAAUGAUGAAGAAGAAAUAGCUUCACUCAUUAGAAAAUUUAGGCCACUUCAAGACUGAAUGCUUACUGCUGAAGAUGAACAAAAGGAAGAAAGACAUAAUCACCACAUGGAGCAAUGAUGAGUCCAAAACUGAGGCUUCAUUUGUUUUAAAAUGUGCAGUUCUCUCACAAGUGAUCUUUGAAAUUUCUAUUUGGAGAUAACUGUAACUUCAAUGAUAGAUCUUUCUCUUGAUGUCAAGUCAAAGCUUAGUUGUUUCACUUUGUCGUUUUCUCCACAUAAGACUCUAACAUGUCAUUAUGUAGGUUAUGUGGCAAUAACUUCUCCAUCUCUUCCUCUGCUUCAUACAAAUGGUCUAAUGUAGCUACCUUGAGGGUCAUGAGCUUAACACUUACUUCAGUCAAUGAUUAUUUAUUUUUCGUUGAAUAUCUUGAUUAGCUUUCCAUGUGAUGCUAUAGUGCUUCAAACACAAAUUUUGCUCAUGCCUUGAUUUACUUAAUUCGGCCAUCAUUUUUCUUACUUCUGCUAUCAUACUUCCUACGUUUGAAUCUCAUGUCUUCCAUAGUGUGACUUUAGUAUUUUAGAUAUUUUUGAAUUGACGCUUCGUUCUUCAGAUUACUCAAGUACUGUGUUUGAAUCUCACUAGUGACUAAAGUUUUCCAUAACAUUCAUGAAACUUCAUCACAUAUUUUGUCACAUGUUAUGUUGUACUUUAUAUUUGAGAAAUAUAAUAUUGUAUUAAUUAAACAUAUAAAGAUAUCUCAAGGGAGUGACUCCUCGAAAUUUAUUGUUAGCCAUAGGAUUGCAUAUAAUGUCAUCAAUGUAUAUCAUUUGAAUGUUUGUCAAUUAAACUCAUUUAGUGAUAACGAUAAUCGUGAUGCAUAUUAGGGCAACUCAUUUAAGAACGAUUUGUAAAUAAAUUUUUCACCGUAUGUGUUAAAACACAUAGUAUGUCUCAACACCGAGGGCAUCCACAUCCUUUAAUCUAGAAUCAUCAAGACAAAGCAUUUCAAACGUACCUCUUUUCUUAUUCCUAUAUAUAAAUCGAAAGAGGCUUGAUCUCUAAAAUUCUCACUUAAAUUCUCACUUAAAUUCUCAUAAAGUCCAUAAAUUUCAUCAAGAGUUUUAUCCAUAAAAUCUCUUCCACAAAUAAAAUCUACUGUACUCAUAUUUUACUCUAAUAAUUUAUCAUAAAAUAUUUUAUUGAGAUAUCACUUCAAUAUAGCAUAAUUAGGAUAUUUUCUAUGUAAAUCCUUAGUUUUUUUCCACAGAUCAUGUAAGAUUUAUCUCAGCCUUCGAAAAAAACUCCAGUUCCUCAUAUUUUGGGUUUUUCCUAAUGAAUAAAAUUUUAUAAGGCUUGUUCUAUAUAUUGCCAACUAACUAAUUCUCUAUGUAAGCUAGAUAACCAUUACCUAACUUGAAAGAGGUUGCUUGAAAGAGCUUAUAACUAUUGAUGAAUAAUUUCAUCUUAAUAAUUUUUUGUGUAACUUGAAAGAGGUUGCUUAAAUCAUAAAUCACAUAAAAAAAAUUAUAACUAUUGAUGAAGUUGUUCUAAAGUUAAUUCAAGGAAAUUAUGAAGUAUUUAGAAAAUACCUAGAUUUAUCUCAAAUAGAAUAG